UGAUGUAUAUGGAGAAAAUAAAAAAAAGCGUCCUCUGAUUUGUCAGUGAAGUUGUUUGAUGAUUUCCUCUGUUGUGUCUAAUAAGGUAAUAGCGAGUGUGAUUGGAGGGUGUUGGGCCUCUUUCUCUCUCAUUAGGAGGAUGCCUGUACUUCUGUAUCAUCAGUGUGGAGAAGCUUGUACUGGGUGUUGAGUUAAUCAUGCUGAGGAUGAUGGGAAGAUGCCUGACACUCAUUUUACUGUCUUCACUUGUAAUAAUCAUCACAGCUGAUCAUGGGAAUGUGAGGUUGGCUGGUGGUAACAGUCGCUGUGCUGGUAGAGUGGAGGUUCAUCAUAGAGGUCAGUGGGGAACAGUGUGUGAUGAUGACUGGGAUUUGGCUGAUGCUGCAGUGGUGUGUAGAGAACUGGACUGUGGAGAACCUGUAGAUGCUCUGGGUGAUGCUCAUUUUGGACAAGGAUCAGGACCAAUCUGGAUGAGUGCUUUGUGUUUUGGAUCAGAGUCCACACUGAAGAACUGUGGGUCAGGAGGAUGGGGUAAAACCAGAUGUGAUCAUUCUAAAGAUGCUGGAGUCAUCUGCUCAGAAGUCCGGUUGGUUGGAGGUUCUCGCUGCUCUGGGAGGUUAGAGAUACUUCAUGAUCAGACGUGGAUGUCAGUGUGUGACGCUGCCUUUGACCAGCAGGAUGCAGAGGUUGUGUGUAGAGAGCUGGACUGUGGGGCUCCUGUACAGGUGCUGGGAGCAGCUGCUUUUGGCAAAGGAGACACUCAGAUGUGGACACAAGAGAUUCAGUGUAGAGGAAAUGAAUCUCAGAUUCACCUCUGUCCAACAUCACCAUCAGUCAAAAGCAACUGUUCUCAAGAGCACAGCAUUGGUUUGCUGUGUGCUGAUAUAAUAAAUGUGAGGUUGGUUGGUGGUCACAGUCGCUGUGCUGGUACAGUGGAGGUUCUUCAUAGAGGUCAGUGGGGAACAGUGUGUGAUGCUGGUUGGGAUUUGGCUGAUGCUGCAGUGGUGUGUAGAGAACUGGACUGUGGAGAACCUGUAGAUGUGGGUUUUUCACCCGGGAUCCCCAUGGGGCCAGGCGUGGGUGCCCAGAUGGGUUUUAAGUGGG